CAAGAACAAGAUUCUGCUUCUGUUGCAGAGUCGCAGCGUAUGAGACAGACAACUCAUUUCACUCUCAGCUUUAGCCUUUAUAGCAGAGCUGAUCACUGACCACCAUGUAGGGCCGACCAAUGACCUGAGAUGCGAAACGUAGCACCAUCUGACUUUCUAGCUAACCGAAGAUCCAACACGUCGAGGUUUAUUCGAUCUCACCUCGGCAGCGGGCUGAGACACUGUCUUCUCUGCCGAAGUUGCUGUCGUGUCACGAUUUGCACGUCUCAUCCCCGCUUCCGCACACCCGCGCCCCAAUUCGAUCGGCAAUCGUUUCUUUGUGCCUCAAUUUCCUUCCUCACUUUCUAGUACUUGUUAGCAUUUCAAUUCUCACUUCUCUUUACAGGGGUGAUUAAUCUUUGUUUCAAGUUCAAUUUCUGCUUCUGGAGGUUGGUGGGUGAAUUUCAUAGUCCACGCAUUGUCUCAAAAGUAUAAGAUCCAUUGAGGACAUUUUGCACAUUCCAUACCAUGCUUAAGGUUCCAGAUCAUCAGGUUGCUGGCCACCAGGCCCGUGAUGGGCAGCUUGGACCCCUCAUAGAUGACUCGGGCCGCUUCUACAAACCUCUCCAGGAUGAUGAACGAGGCUCCAAAGAGGUGGCUUUCUAUACAUCAUUCUCUUCCAACAAGAGAAUUCCGGAUCAUAUCCGCAGAUUCUUUCCUGUCUUCUAUGGCACUCAACUUAUAGGUGCAUCUGAUGGGUCUGGUCUGCGCCCUCACCUUGUGUUACAAGAUGUUGUUUCAGAUCGCAUCAAUCCAUCCAUUAUGGAUGUUAAAAUUGGUUCUAGAACAUGGUAUCCCCAAUCUUCAGAGGAUUACAACAAAAAAUGUCUAAAAAAAGAUAGGGAAACCACCAGCUUGUCCUUGGGAUUUAGAAUAUCAGGUUUGCAGAUAUAUGUCAGCAAAGAAUCAGGAUUCUGGAAACCAGAUAGGAAGCUUGUCCUGGGUUUUACAGUGGAUGAUGUUAGAUCAGUUUUGAGGAAGUAUGUCUCAUCUAACUCACCUACCAAUUUAGAUAUGGAUCCUGACUGUUCUUUUGCACAAAGUGUUUAUGGUGGUUCUAGUGGGAUUUUGGCACAAUUGUUGGAGCUGAAGGCAUGGUUUGAGGAUCAAACAAUUUAUCAUUUCAAUUCUUGUUCAGUUCUCAUGAUCUAUGAGAAGGAACCACUCCUGCAAGGAAAGAAUGGCCAUCCAGAAAUUAAACUUGUGGAUUUUGCACAUGUUGUGGAAGGAGGAGGUGUUAUUGAUCAUAACUUCUUGGGUGGACUGUGCUCUUUGAUUAAGUUUGUCUCCGAAAUACUUACCAGUCCAGAUGAGUACUCAACCAAAUCGUAUUCACUAGAUUCUGGGAAUAAAUCCAUUUGUACUGAAAACGGCAGUCCUUGAUGACACUUGAUUUUGUUGACUGUCACUGAUGACUCCCAUUCAGUGAAUGGCAUGACUGUUAAAGAUAUCCACCCCUGCAUUUAUUUUGCAUCAAGCUGGCACAGAAUUUCGAUGUGUUUUGUAAAGGAUAAUACUCCGAAAUAACAACUGUUUUUUGCAGCUGAGACACCAGUGGUUGGCUAUCUAAUUUCUUGUAAUCACUCGAAGAAAUUUGUCUGUACUGAUAAGUGCGGUAAAGAAUUCAAUAGAUCAUUGUGAUUGAGUCUGAUUUAAUUAAUAGCAUUAUUUUAAAGGAA